AUGUCUCAGGAUUCUAAUUCCAAUUCCACGGUACAGUUUUUUAAACUUUCUGAACUGGAAAAGUCUCAAUUAGUCUUGGAGAAUCCGACUAUAUAUACAGAUUUCAAAUUCCAAUGGAUGCUUGCAAACCAUUCUCAUCAAUUGGAUGUCUACAAAUUUGUGUGUCAGAACCACCAGUAUUUAGACGUUAAACUAUUGGUUUUGUUCACUUUUAAUUUACUUGAAUCUAAAAACCUCAAAGCUGCUCUUUCACUACAACAUUUCCUUUUGGAAAAUAACAAUAGUUAUCAAAUACCGAACCAGCUAUGGUCAAUAAUCACUGACCAUGUUUGCAAACAAGCCGACUAUCUUGGUGCAAUGUUCAUCUAUCAUGAACUUUUGGAUAAUCAUCAAUUUUAUGAGGAAAUUACUUAUGGUGUCCAAGAAAACAAUCUCGUUCCUUUCUUGAUCAAUUGUUCACUAUUAUCCCAGUUGGCCAUAGUAUUUGCUAACAACGAGGAUUCAGCAAGAUUGGAAGGCAUUUUACGAUACUUUCGAAGAUUUUAUUCUUUUGCUGCUCACCUGGAUAUAUACCAAACAAUACUAAUUUUGUUGGUGGAAACGUAUUCAAAAUCGGGAAAUUUGGAAAAGGCAUUGCUAGCAUUUAAGAAUUUGGCAUUUGCUACUAGAGAGAGCAGUAAAAGGAAUACCAAUAGGAUUAAAGAGACUCAAGAGAAGAAUAUCAGCUGGAGAGAUGAAAACAUCCAAAAUAACCAGUACAAAGUCGAGUUUGAGUCAACGCAUACCUUGGACGUUCAUCAAAAGUUGCUUUGUCAGAUUUCUCAAACUGAAAAGUAUGACCCCAUUAUUCAAAGAAAUGUUUAUUCAACAUCAUCAUCGUCAUUACCAUCAAAUGCUACUACUACUACUGCUACUGCUACUGCUACUACUACUGCUACUACUAGUAUUACUAAAUCACUGAAUAAUCCACUUAUAUCGAUUUCUUUGGUAAACACAGACUUGCCUAAUUUCACCAAUUUGUUGGUGGAGUACUUUCAAGCAAAUAAUCAACAAUACAAUAAUAUCCAUACCCUUAUAAAUUUUACAUUAAAUAGUCAUGUGGCAAUUAGCAUCUAUAUUGUAUCUGCAUUAUGUCAAAUGAGCAAUCCACGAUUAGCUUUCACUUUUAUAAAAACCUUACGCAAUAAUACUACAAAACGAAAUGCAUUGCGAAAUCAAAAUUUCAUUAGCAUAUUCGACUCGAUACACAGGGAAAGUAAAGCAGAUUACGAAUUUGCCCAAGAGGUUUUCAAUUAUUAUAAAAAUGCAAAUAAGGGCCACAUCAAUAUCCAAGUAUUAAAAAGUUACAUACUAUUCCUUUUAUCGUCUUCGUUCACAAAUAAAGCUGACCUUGUAACUUACUUGAGUAAAUUGCUGACUUAUAAUGAAACGGAUCGUCACUUGUAUGUUACUCAAGAUCAACAUCAAAGUUUCCAAAAAAAACUCGAAAGCGACGACAGCAACAACAACAACUACGACUACAAUGACAACAACAGCUACAAAAACGCAUUUGACAAUAUUAUCAAAAUAACUACUUGUACAUAA